UCUUCAACGCUAUACCGUACUCGAUUGCACUCGGAACUUUCAUUGUUUUUAAAAAUAUUUUACUUAUUUGAUCAUUUACGAGUAAAUCUUUCGUCAUCGCGGGUUUUCGACUCUUGUUUUAAUUUCGUGAUCUUGAAAUUGAAGCUCAUGGAAGGGCCUCGUGGCUACGAUUUCCAGCCAAAGUACACCGAGGAAGAACUGAUGGUUCGUCGACGAGCCCGAGCGGCCGCCGCAGCAGCUGCUCCACCGGUGCAGCCUCCACCCGGACCUGACCCCGUACCAGCUCCGAAUAGAAUGGGCAACAAUGACUGGUGUGAGUGUGGGAGCUGUGUGCCCAUGCCGUCAGUGAUUCAGUGUCGCUGUUGCCAUGAAGUGGACAACUGUGAUCGGUUCCUAGAUGCAAGGAUAACUUGCAUUGUGAGACACGAGGACUUACAGAAAGUAUGCAUGGAGAGGGUGGUUUUGCGGACAGCCCUUGUCGCCAGACUUGAUUCAAGAGGGCAUCGAAGGAACUUGCCUGAAGUGCUUGAUAACAUUUCCUACAGAUACGCAGCCUACAGGCUAUUUACCUACUGGGUCCAUGGCUACCUGGGAAAGGGCGUCCGUCGGGUGAUUCCUGCCUGUGCUGUCACACGGAUCCGCGAGGCUUUCCCUGAACCAGAUGGAAAUUACAUCGGAUUCAAGGAGGGAGAUGAUGGAGAUGAUAUUCCUGUCCCUGAAGAAUUUCUGAUUUGAAAAAGUGGAUGGACUCGUAUACGUACAGUAGCAUGAUAUUCUCUUACCGUAGCAUGAUUUUUUUUUCCUUUAUCGAUGCAAUGAUUUCUUUAUUUACACAUGCGACUGUGCACUUUGGUACAACCCUAAGUUGAGACUUACAUUUUUGUGAAACACCCCUUCUCAGGUGGUACCUGCAUGUAUACAGUGCAUUAGAAAUGAUAUUUUAUGUGAAGAAUUUCUGUCUGUGUUCAAACAUGCACUUUCUUUCAAUAUGGAUAUUUGUAGAUAUUUAUUACUUUCUAGUGUUUUGUUUCACUUUUUACUUGAAAGAAUGCUAUCUGCUACUACGUGGUACAAAUUUUGUAGAACAAAAUGAGACACUGGGUUCUAUCACAUGUGUCUGUAAUUUGUUUACACUGUUAAUAUUUACUAAGUACAUGUAUAAGCAUCGACAUUGAACUUUGAAGUAAUGUUAUUUUAUGAUUUAUGUAUGUCGCAUUCACAUGUUGCCUGUCUGUUUUUCAGAUUACAGAAGAUUGCUUACAUGUAUAACCCGUGAAGAGAUUUUUUUUUAUAUAUAGAAGCGUACUUUCAAGUUUCAAAUCAUACCUGUGAUUGUAAUGAAAUAUAAACAUUAGUGAUUUUAAUUGGAAAAUAAAUGAUCUUAUACAUGAACAGACUCAUAAAUUAGUGUUGAAGAUAAUACGAGUGUGGAGAUAAAUCUAUCUAUGAGACUUGUACAGAAGUAAUAACACUGUUCAUCCUUCACUUAUCUGUCAAUCGGUUAAUUUAUUAGAUUCAAAGAACAACAUGCUUUAAAAAAAGUAUGAUAUAUUAAGUAUGGCUUUACAUUUUAAGGUAUGAAAUUAUUUGUAAAAAGUGAAACUAUGAGGCAACUUUUCUAAACAGUACCAACAAGGCAUUUUUCCUUUGAUAAUGCUGGACUUUCUCAAGCUUGAGGUGUACAUUUAAAUAACCACUGUUAUAUUUAAUUUACAGUUGCUGUAUUUUCAUUUUGGUUUGUUUCUUUAGUUUAAUCAUGGGUUUUGCAGUAAAGAUUGAGUCACAUAAAUUUUCCUGAUUCUGAUUUUUUUUUUUUAUUGCACAAUUCUCAUGUCUGGUCCUAUCUUAAAUAACUGCAAUUGAUGAUUACUGUAUAUUACAUGUAGCUCCCUGAUGAGAAAUUCUUAUAUCUCAUUUUAUAUGAUUUCACUUGUACAUGUACCUAUUGUAUUGGUUUUCAGUUAUAAGAAAAUAGUGAAUAUUAAAUCUGAUUCUCAAUCCAAACAUG